AUGAAGAAAGAGAACUCACUUGAGGAACACCAAGCACGAACUCCUCAGAUCAGCAAGGGCCUGGCCCUGCUUCAGAAGAUUGCUAGCCGGAUCAUCCAGGACCCUGACAAGAAGCUGCUGCAAGGAAGCGGUCACAGCCACUCUCAGAUGCUCAGCAAUGUGGCUCAGGCCCUCAGCAGCUACAAUGAAAAAGUGAGCGAGCUCAGGAAACGGCCUAACCCUGCCAGCUUUGUGACAGAAAUGGAAGAACUGAAAAAGGCCUUCUUCAUGCGGCCUGGAUGCCCCCAGUUCAGCACCAGGACCACAUCUGUGUCUCAUGUGGGUUCUUCCACCAUGGCUGAUCUGCCCAAGGACCCAUGUACCAGCCCUGGAACUUGGAGGACGACUGAUUACCAUCCCCUAGACAGGAUGUCCUCUGCCACCAGUGUGGAUGGGCGCUUCUUUUCAUCCAGCAAGAGUGCUUGUGAGCUCAACUACUCAAAGAAGAAGAGUGAGCCCCCAGGCACGAGUCCCUCCAGCAGCCCAGCCAUAGUCAAGAGGUCCCAGAGAAACAGAAUUCCCUGGUACAUCUCAGUCAUCCAUGAGAAGAAUCACUCCCUGUUCCUGCUGGGAGAGGAACUCCAACGUCUCUCAGAACUGGAGAUCCAGAUGCAGAAGAAAGACCAGGAGAUCCUGAUGCUGCAGAAGGAGAGGGAGACCCUCAAGAGGCAGCUGAAGAGCCUCCUCAGAAGCAAAGCCACAGAAACGUCUUCAGCUUCCAUCAAGACGGAACAGUCCUUUGACAUAUCAAUGAAGCUGGGCAGGAUGAGCAUGCUGAAGACCACGUACCAGGAAGAAGAGGGACAGAAGCCCUGGACACAGAUGCAGGAGGAAUAUAGCAUGGCAGACAGCAGCAAGGAGCUGCAUAUGGGACUAGGAAAAGAAGAGGAAAAGAGCUCCGAGGGGUCAUCCAUGGGGCCACUCAAGAAGGCUGUAUCUCCCAAACCGAGGCCCAGCACGGGCAAGAUCAGGACUGUGCUGAGGGAAGGCUUUGAGGAGGAGGAGGAAGAGGGGGAAGAGGAGGUGGAGGAGGAAGAGGAAGCAAAAGGAGCUGAGGAGGGAGAGAUGGUGCUAGAGGAGGAACAGGAGAUGUGGGAGCUGAAGGAGGAGGAGGAGGAGGAAGUGGUGGAAGAAGAGCAUCGCCCCAAGGCCUUCUCCCUGACGGAGUCCUUCGAGGAGGAGUUGAUGGCCCACCUGGAGGAGUAUGAGCACAUGCUGACGGACUAUCAGAAAGAGCUGGAAAUCACCAGGACUAGAUAUUCCCUGGCCACAGGAGCCAUCACAUCUUUACAACGGCAAAUCGAAUUCCAGGAAUCUCAGCUGCGAAAGGUCACCACAGAAAAUGAACUACUGGAAAAGGAACUCCGUGAACGGAAACAGCAGAUACAAGCCAUGACUGACAAGUUCUCCAGCCUCCGUGAGGAGAAGAAGCAUCAGGAGAUGAUGGGGCUCAUCGAGAAGGAAAACCUCUUCCUCCGACAGCAAGUGUCUGACUUGGAGGCAGAGGUCACCAAGGACGAGCAGGCCAUUGCAGAGCUUCACAACAAAACCAGGGAGCUGCAGGCUCAGGUUAACCAGGACAAGGACCAACUGAGGCGGUGGAAGGAACUGCAUGAUGACCUCCAGAGCCGGAAUGAGAUGAUCCAGCAAGCGGAACAACAGACCCGUGUGGUUCUGGAGGGUGCUCAGAUCAGGCUUGAGAGGAUGAGGAAUAAGAUCAUCCAGGCUGUCUACAGUGUUAGUGGGACCAAGAACUCGUCCAUUGAGCUGUCUGACAACUACAUCCUGGAUUCCCUACAGAAAAUCAUCACGGAGAGAAGUGACUUCUACAGCCAGCUGAAGCAAAAGGGCGUGAAGGUGCCCCCGCUGCAGCAGUCUGAUGUCUUCCUGUCCAAGACCAAGAAGGCCCCCAAAUGA